AGUAACAAAACAAAAACAAACGCUUCUAUAACAAAAACUAAAAUAAAUACAAAUUAAGAGAGCGCAAGAAAUGGAAUUCAUUGAGCACAAACUAAUCAAUAGCGAAGUAAUUUAAUCGGCAAGCAAUAAACAAGCGCACUAACCUCAAGUAAAAAGCAAAAGUUUUACUACAUUUACAACAAGCAAUAAAUAAAUCAACGACCGCAUACGCGCUGGUGUACUGAACAAAAACUGACCGUACAUGCAAACAUCUGGCCAACUAACGAUAUUGUGUUCGAAAAUAGUUGCAAAUCGAAAAUAGCGUUGUGCGGUCGGAAUUACGUUAGCCCGCAAUUUGCACAAAAGUUGGCCUGAAUAAAUAAAAAAAAAAAAAAAAACGAACGAAAUUGCCUUUUAACGUCUUAAGUGUUGUGGAAACAUUGAACUCUCAAUAUGGUGGCAAUUACUAAUAACAAUGAAAUUGAGUCAGCUGAGCCGCAAUCGGAAAAUAUACUUGAAGAUAAGACGAUAUUUCCAGACUUCAAGAGUGGUCCAUUGGCAAAAUAUCGUCAACUUUCAACAUUUUGCUACAAACGUAUGAGCGUCGUAUUGGAGGGUGAGGAGCACAUACGCUUGAAGCAUCGCAUUUGGCAGUUUAUGGAAAAACAUCCUGACUUUCAACAUGGCAUAGAAACUCCAUCACUGGACCGUCAACGUGAGUUGGCUAAUCGUCGCUGUCAAUUGCUUUGGGAACAACAGUUCUAUGGAUUAAGUGAUUACGUAUCCGCACCGCACCUGUCGCUUGCCAUGGCACAAAGCAUGUUUUCAUAUGAAUUCAGCUUGUCCGUUAAGUACUCACUCUCGAAUGGCAUGUUUCCGAGCACCAUACUCUCGCUGGGCACUGAACGCUUGGCCAAGUAUGCCGCGAAAAUCGCUAGGAAUGAAAUCUUGGGCGCCUUUGCGCUUACUGAGAUUUCUCACGGCACUAAUGCGCGCGGUAUGCGCACGCGCGCCUCCUACGACCCGAAGACGCGUGAGUUUAUCAUUCACACACCCGACUUCGAGGCGGCCAAGUGCUGGGUUGGCAAUUUGGGUAAAACUUGCACACAUGCGAUCGUUUACGCACAGCUGUAUGUGCCCGACGACACAUAUCAAGGGCUAAAUGCGUUUCUCGUGCCCAUACGCAGUGAACGUACGCUCCUGCCGUACCCUGGCGUGACAGUUGGCGAUUUGGGCGAGAAGAUUGGCUUGAACGGCAUCGAUAAUGGCUUUGUGAUGUUCGACCAAUACCGCAUACCUGGCGAGAACUUGCUCUCCAAAACUGGCGAUAUCGACGAGCAAGGUAACUAUGUGAGCAAAAUUAAAGAUAGUCGCAAGCGUUUGGGCGCCUCUUUGGGUUCACUUUCGGCUGGACGCGUGAAUAUAUGUUCGUUGGCUUAUGUUGCGCUCAGCAAGGCCAUCACAAUCGCCACACGCUACUCCGCAUGCCGCCAGCAAUUUGGUCCCGAUGACAGCAAUGAGGAAUGGCCUGUGAUAGAAUACCAGUCGCAACAAUAUCGACUACUGCCGCAUUUGGCGACCGCUUAUGCGUUGAGAAUAUUUACCAUGUGGAUCGGCACCGCCAACGUAGAUUUGACAUUCCGCACUAUCUUGGGUGAGGACACAUCUGAAAAGGGCAUGGAAAUACAUGCUAUCUCGUCGGCAGCAAAACCGAUCUGCACUUGGGCGGCACGUGACGGUAUACAAGAAUGCCGUGAAGCAUGCGGUGGUCAUGGCUACUUGAAAGUGGCCGGCUUGGGUGAUCUGCGGAAUGACAAUGACGCCAAUUGCACAUAUGAGGGUGAGAACAAUACGCUUAUACAACAAGCAUCAAAUUGGCUGAUAAGCCUGCGACGUAGCAGCGCGAAUUUCGAGCGUGAUUCGCCAAUGGGUUCUGCAGUCUUCUUGAAGGAUAUGGAUGCGAUUUUGGGCACAAAGGCGGAGGCGCUUGGCGCUACAGAAGCGCUCCAUCCGGAUAAUCUGCUGAAGACGUUGAACUGGUUGGUUGCCUACCAGUUGGACGCCACUGUGCGUCGGUUUGAAAGCUUGAAAAAACAAGGUCAAAAUGCAUUCGAAACACGCAACAAUAUACAAGUUUUUUAUGCACAACAGCUAUCCGUUGUCUAUGCACAGCGCACAAUUUACUUUGUUUUCCAUCGCUUCGUAAACGAUUUACCGCCGUCGAAUGAGAAAAAGGUGCUCACGCAACUCUUGUCCUUCUACGGCGCACAUUUGGUCACACAACACAUCGGCAUAUACUAUCAAGGUGGCUAUUUCCGCGAUAAUACGCAGGCAGAACAUUAUCAACAAGGAAUUUUAGAUUUGCUGCCAGUACUGAAGAAUGAAGCGAUAUCGCUGGUCGAUGCAAUCGCGCCCACAGACUUCAUACUCAAUUCGCCGCUUGGCAUGAGCGAUGGCAAUAUUUACCAGCAUUUGCAGCGGUCCAUUGUGCAAGCGCCGGGAGUAUUUGAGCGACCCGUGUGGUGGCGAGAUGUCACCUACAAAGAAUAUUUACAGAAGGCAAAAUUAUAGAUCGCGCCACUUAGGUUUUGCCCAUAAGCUUAGCGAACAUGGGUUGUUUAAUAUACAAUGUUUAUACAAGAAAUUUUUUAUUGCAAUACAAUAAUUUAGCUGUGGCCUUCAUGUUUGUAUCUAUGUAUGUAUAUACAUAAAAUUAUAUUACAAUUUAAGUAACCAACUGCUAGGCCUUCAAUAAAUUUUAUACAAACGUAAAAAAUUAAUUCCACGGUACAUAAAUUUUUAUGUAUAUGAAAUGUAACCAAUACGCAAAUGAUUUGGUUACAUAAAGCCUGAAAUGCA